ACUGACUUGUCAGAACAGUUCCAGUUGCUACAAGAUCUGCAGCUAAAAACGGCAGCAAAACUGUUAAGGAGUCAAAUACCCACCAAUGUACCUCCACCUCUAACUUCAGGUCUGGUUUUAAAAUACCCUAUCUGCUUACAGUGUGGUCUAUGUGUAGGACUUAAUUGCCGUCAUAAAUUACAGGGCACUUUGGGGUCUUACCUUCUUAUCUACCCACAGCUCCACCUUGUAAGCACUCCCGAAAACCACGGAGAGAUUAAGGUGAGUCUUGGCUUUAGGUUGCGAACUAGGAAAAGAUCCCAAGUCCCAAAGUACCACAGGAGAGCCAGAUCCAUCACACCAAGGAGUUCUAUAUCACCAUCACUAAGGAAAGCUAAAGCCUAUACUCGAGCUUCCAAGAGUCCUACUUCUACAAUGGAUUUCCAGUCUGUAUCUUCCCAGUUUCCUGCUCCUGUACAAGUCCACAUCAGGCAAAGACAGUAUAGGAGCCCUGCCCUAGCAGGAAAGACGACAAUUAGAAGGCCAGGGCACUAUGAGUUCAUUCAAGUUCACUCUGUACCAGAGAGUGACUCUGAAAGCAAUCAGGAUGAAAAAUGGGCUAAAAGGAGAAAUAAAAGGACCCGUAGUUCAAAAUACCCAAGGAAAAGAAUCACUACGGGAGGCAGAACACAAAAAACAAAGUUCUACACAAAUGGUAGAACCACAAUACGGAGUUCUUCUCGGGAUUUACCAGACCAGUUAAGAAGGAAGAGGAAUGGAUCAUCUCAGACAACUACUGCCUCUUCAAAAAGACAAUCUAAGAAAUCCUCCCAACCCAAAUUCAUUCAACGGCUUUUUCAAGGUCUAAAGCAAGCAUUCCAGACAGCAGGCAGAAUUAUGGCUUUUGCCGGAAGAGAAGAGAAACUCACACCCAAGAAGCGAAACCACCAUAGCUUC